CGAUCAGAGAAGCCAAACGCCAAAGUUGCACUCGCACCAAAAGAGAGCGAAAACGACCAAGCGGGCAGCACAUUCAAACCUGCCGCCUCCUGCUCGCAACAUCCUCCCUGACGAAGCACUCGGAGGGACGACGAAAUGUUCGACGACCUGUUCAAGUUGCUCCGCAGCCCGCGCUGGGUUAACUCGCCCAUUGCGCGCCGCUUCGGCUUCGGCUCCGAACUGUCCUACGAGGAAGACGAGCUGGAGGAUUCGCCGUCGAAUUGGACCAAGAUCUCCACAUCCGGUCACCGCCCGCCAGUGCGCAGCGGUCACUCGUCUCUAGUUGUUGGCGACAUGAUGUACGUGUUCGGCGGCUACAACGACGGGAACUGCCACAACGACAUCUAUGCAUUUGACCUCGUGCGGCACCAUUGGAUUCACAUCGAGACGUCUAACGGCAUAUCGCCUGAUGGCAGAGCUUCACACGCCUGGUGCACUUCAACAGACAAAACGAAGCUAUACCUGUUCGGCGGAUCGGGGCCGCACUGGGGACAGACUAACAUGGGCAAGCUGUUACAAUUCAAUAUUCGCGAUAAGAACUGGACGAUUGUCGAAGCGCAGGGUACGCAACCGCCACCGGGAUACGGACAGAGUCUGUGUGCUAUCAACAAUAAGCUGUACCUCUUUGGCGGCACAUCCGGACACGUAUACGUGAACGAUCUCUACGUCUUUGAUGAAGUUACCAAGGUCUGGAAGAAGGAGGAGACCGGUGGCAAGCGCCCCAGCCCUCGGUACAAGCAUCAAGUGGCCAUGGUCGGAAAUCGCAUGUAUGUCGUGGGAGGUGGUCUGUACGAUCCUCCUAAAGGGCCCAUCGACACGUACUAUCUCGAUGUGGACACGCUUGUAUGGCACGAAGUGGAAUGCGGCGGUGAUAUUCCAAAGUCUCGCAUCGCACACACGAUUUCACAACUGGCAAGUGACCCUUCUCGGUUGAUCAUGUUUGGAGGACGCGACGACAGCGGAUCGCGGCAGAACGAGCUUAGCGAGUUGAAUUUGCGGACUGGUGAAUGGCGAAUCUACUACAACGAGGAGGGUUUCCAGCCGGACGCUCGUGAUUUCCAUACGAGCGUGGUUCACAACGAUCGCAUCUUCGUAUUCGGUGGAUCCAAUGGCGUGGAGCGCAACAAUGACGUCUUCCGCUACACGAUGACACACCAACCGUCAACGCUGCUGAUCCUAGCUAUGCAGGUUCUGCACCAGAAUCUGGAUUACAUUCCGAAUGAGGAUUUGGAAGCGCUACCAUUUGAGCUAAAGAUCGGCAUCCAAAAUAUUAACCCCGACGUCGAAUGUUCCUUCAACCCGACCUGGUACAUGCUUGAAGACCAGAAGCAAGAAAAUGCGGCACCAGUGAUGUAGAGGGAUUUUCACGCGGAUAGAUUGUACGUUAUUGAAGCAAACGAGAUAAAUUAAUUAUUUGACUGAAAUGAAAUAGCAUCAAAACACCACACACUGAGCGUUGCGACUGCUUUUGUGGCUUGAUUCAUUCGUCCGAA